AGGACAUGGACAAGCUGGGAAACAUCAUCAAGGACAUUCCCGCCCUCAAGAUGAUCUGCGUUGACGUGGCCAACGGUUACUCUGAGGCGUUCGUGGCAUGCAUCCGCGAGUGCAGGAAACGCUGGCCGGAGAUCACCAUCAUGGCCGGCAACGUCGUCACGAAAGAGAUGACGGAGGAGCUCCUCUUCAGCGGCGCCGACAUCAUCAAGGUCGGCAUCGGCCCUGGCAGCGUGUGCACCACGAGGAAGCAGACAGGCGUGGGCUACCCGCAGCUCUCCGCGGUGCUCGAGUGCGCCGACGCUGCGCACGGCCUCGGCGGCCGCAUCGUCUCGGACGGCGGGUGCCUGCGGCCCCGCCGCGGGCGCGCGCGGCCCAGCGCCGCCGCCGCCGCCGAGCGCCGCGCCGCCGCAUGA